CCUAAACAUCCGGAAGAGCGACGUGCUGACGGUGCUGGACGGCGAGGACCUGACAGGCCGGGUGCUGGGGCAGUACAUGGGUGCCCACCCCCGCUUCCGCCUCUACACCUCGGCCAGCGCCGCCACCCUGCAGUUCCAGUCGGACCCCAGCGACCCCCUCUUCGGCCUCAGCCAGGGCUUCCUCAUCCGCUUCUCUGAGGUGCCCCGGAACGACACAUGCCCGGAGCUGCCAGAGGUGGAGUUUGGCUGGCGCACGGCCUCGCACGCAGCUGCCAUCCGGGGCACGGUGCUCACCUACCAGUGCGAGCCGGGCUACGACAUCGUGGGCUCCGACAUCCUCACCUGCCAGUGGGACCUGGCCUGGAGCAACAGCCCCCCCACCUGCCAGAAGAUCGUGAACUGCGCUGACCCGGGGGAGAUCGGCAAUGGGAAGCGAAGUGUCUCAGACCGACGCUUUUCCAUUGGCUCCCAUGUCCAGUACUUCUGCCACGAGGGCUACGUGGUGGAGGGGAGCAGCACCCUGACCUGCUACAACCGCGACACUGGAACCCCCAAAUGGAGUGACCGCGUCCCCAAGUGUGUCUUGAAGUAUGAGCCGUGUCUGAACCCCGGCGUGCCCGAGAACGGCUACCAGACGCUCUACAAGCAUCACUACCAGGCGGGCGAGUCACUGCGUUUCUUCUGCUACGAGGGAUUUGAGCUCAUCGGGGAGGUGACCAUCACCUGCGUCCCGGGGCACCCAUCCCAGUGGACCAGCCAGCCACCCCUCUGCAAAGUGGCGUAUGAGGAGUUACUGGAUGACCGGAAGCUAGAAGUCACCCAGACGACAGACCCCUCCCACCAGAUGGAGGGGGGUAACAUCGCCUUGGCUAUCUUCCUGCCAAUCAUCCUGGUCAUUCUCCUGAUUGGCGGCAUUUACGUCUAUUACACCAAGUUCCAGGGCAAGUCCCUGUUCGGCUUCUCGUUCUCCAGCUCCCACAGCUACAGGCCCAUCACCGUGGAGUCCGACUUCAGCAACCCGCUCUACGAGGCUGGGGACACCAGGGAAUACGAAGUGUCCAUCUGACGGGGCCGUGUCCCCCGUCCGGAGCGAGGGGGCGUCUUGCAGAAGGAAAGAGACGACGUGGGGGGGUGAAGGGGGGGCAGCGCGUGGCGGAGGGGCCAUGUCCUAUCUCUCUGCUCACGCCAUCCCAGAAUGCCUUGCUCCCCCCCACCUCCCCUCCCACUUUGUACAUAUCCAGGUCCAUGUGCCAACUCACAGUUUUCUGCUUCGGUAAUUAAUUAAUUUAUAACCCCGUCCCCAGUUAUUUAUUUAUUUAUUUA